AAAUAAUAAAUAAAGACAAAUACACAAUACACCAAAAAUAUAAAUAAAAAUUUUCAAAUAUAUAUAGCUUCUUGUUGCUAGUACUAACCCAAGAUGGCUGUCCACUGUGCCGCACUCUCCAUGUCCAAGAUAUUCAAACCUUUUCGGGAUGGAUUUGCCGGAAAUACGUUGAAAGUAUUUGGAACCACUGUCACAACUCACAAGAAUAAGUCGGUGUUGACUGGAGAUAACAUUCCUCCUCCAGCAAAAUAUGGCGGCAGACAUACUGUCACCCUCAUACCUGGAGAUGGAAUCGGUCCAGAGCUGUUUAGUCACGUCAGGGAAGUGUUCAGGUUCAGCUGCGUACCCAUGGACUUCGAGGUGGUACAAGUCAACUCAGCCUUGGAGACUGAAGAUGAUAUCAACAACGCCAUCACUGCCAUUCGACGAAAUGGCGUUGCCCUCAAAGGUAACAUAGAAACCAAACAUACCAUGCCCCCCUCUGUCAAAUCCAGAAAUAAUCUUCUUCGCACUAGCUUGGACCUGUAUGCCAAUGUGAUGCACUGCCAGUCCCUCCCAGGCGUCCAGACUCGCCACAAGAACAUCGACAUCAUGAUCAUCCGGGAGAACACUGAGGGAGAGUACAGCAGUCUGGAACAUGAGAGCGUUUCUGGGGUCGUGGAGUCUCUUAAAAUAAUCACCAGGAACAAUUCUCUCCGAAUCGCGGAAUAUGCUUUCCGGCUGGCCAGAGAGAAGGGGCGACGGAGGGUCACCGCUGUCCACAAGGCCAACAUUAUGAAGCUGGGCGACGGCUUGUUCCUGCAGUGUUGCAAAGAGGUGGCCUCGGGGUACCCCGACAUCACGUUUGACAGCAUGAUUGUAGACAACACCACCAUGCAGCUGGUGUCAAAGCCUCAGCAGUUUGAUGUGAUGGUGAUGCCCAACCUUUACGGCAAUGUGGUGAGCAACGUGUGCGCUGGCCUGGUGGGGGGGCCCGGCCUAGUGCCCGGAGCCAAUUACGGCCGUGACUAUGCAGUCUUUGAAACGGCCACAAGGAACACGGGAAAGAGUAUUGCAAACAGGAACAUAGCGAACCCCACUGCCCUGCUGCUCGCCAGCUGCAUGAUGCUUGACCAUCUUAAGCUUUAUGAUUAUGCAACUUUGAUCCGGAAUGCAGUGCUCACAACCAUGAAUGAAACCCGGUUGCACACAGCGGAUAUUGGCGGUCAGGGCACCACAUCAGAAGUGGUUCAGUCCAUCAUGCGAAUCAUCCAGAGUAAAGGACAACACACGGCUGAGAUGUAAAGGUCAAAAGCACCACUGAUGGCACCCACACACAUACAGUAUCUUGGUCAUUUGGUAUUUUUAACCUCAGAAUGGUUAUUUUUUCCAACUGUUUGUUUCUCACGAUGAAGACAUUCUGAUCCUAACUGAUAUCAUCCCAUUCCUGGUUACAUUACUGUACAGUAUCGAUUGGUAAAUCACGGAACAGCACAGCGGUCCGACUCUUUCCUGGAGACACUCUGUUGAAUUCGAUGAGACGCACUUUUAAGUUUGGGAUAUAUUUAUUCUAUUUGCAAAGCAAUUAUGGAUAUGUCAUAGGCUUAAGGCACCUGCACAAGUGACAACCAUUAUCCGGAGCGGUUGAAGGGAAAUAUAAAAAUUAAUCCCGCUAAAUGCAGAUUCUAGAUAGAGAUACAGUAUGUGGUCGUGCAUAUAGUUAUUGGAAUCUCUCAAAAAUCAGUAGGCACGCCCUUGUUUGCUCCAAAGUAAGCAAUGUACUUGGUUACUUGGUUGCUUACUUAUCAGUAAAAUAAUUAAUAAAAUAAAGAACAAUUAUAUAUCAUACAGCUUUCAUUUGACCAUGCUGUGCAAUUAUUGACUUCCUACUGUGCUGUAACUCUGAUACAAAGGUCUACUAUACUGUAUAUGUUAUAUACUCUUCUAUCUUGUAUGUCUACAUCAUAUCGACCGCAUGGACUAAUUUCAUGUUCUGUAUACUGUAUAAACACACAAUUACAAGCUUUUUGUCUGUAAUGAAUAUGGACUUUAAUUUUGCAUGACUGUACACUAAAACAUGCAUACUGUUAAAAAAAAGUUCAAUCUGUUUACCUGGCAAAGGAUGAAAGUAUGUUCUUUAAUCCGACCCACCAAUCAAGUCUUCUAAUAUUUGUUGCAUUAAUUAUUAUUUUUUCUUUUAUCUGAUGAAAUAAUUUAUUGUAAAAAAAACUAAAUAAAAUUAUUGGUAAGAUGAAAGAAAUUACACAAAUCUACAUUUAAUUUUGCAACAUUUGAUUGAAUAAUUGGUUAAUUAUAAAUAAUGAAAAUUAUUAUUAAUGAUGACUUAACUUUAUUAUUAUUAAAAUAAACAAUUGUACAUACACAUUAAAAAUGUUUUGACAUAAUCUACAAAUGAACUGCCCCAUCUAUUCGUUUUAAAAUUCAAAUGAGCAACAGCUUGCCACCCCUGUAAUUUCGAGCAAGUUGCUAUAUUUCCAUUUUGUCGCUAGGGGGCAGACGAUCCUUGUAGAGUCGCCAACAACUCUUGAGGAAAACUGCCUAUAGUAGGCUUCACAGAAGAGACUCUCUCUCACACACACACACACACACACACGUAUACAUUUGUGUGGAAGAUGACUCAAUGACUGGAUCUGUGUGCAUGAGUGUAUGUGUCAGGCGACUAAGAAUGCAAGAAGGGCAGACAGCUUGUUUGAACAUAAUGUGCCAUUUCUGAACUCAAUCGGGUUACAGUACUAUGAAUAAUGGCCCCUGGAUGCAAACCAAGUAUGACUAAAUUUGGCAUCCUUGUUUUUAUCUUCAUUUAGAAUGAAAUGAAGCACUUAAGUAAAGUCACAAGGUAAAAACUGAAGCAUCCAUUAGUGCAGUUAAAACAGUCUGACCUUUUCCUCACUUCUUAGAGUGCAGUACAGUGCUGCCUUGAGAUAUGAUUUAAAUUUGUUCUGUGACCAUGUUCGUAACUCAAAAUACUUUUAUCUCAAAUCAUCUUUCCCAAUUGAAAUGAAAUGAAAGGCCAUUAGUAUGUUCCAGCCUCCCCCCAAAAAGCAUUUUUGUAAGGCUUUUUGAAUAUGAACAAUAUAUAUAUAUAAACAUACAGUAACAACAUUAUUAAAAAGAAUAUAAAGAAUGAAACUAUCUUUACCACAUUUUUUUUUGCUUCAAUUAAAUGGAAAUUGUGCUGCUCCUUCUGGUGUGUCCGCCUUUGCCACCUGCGGACAGUAUGAUACAGACAUGCAGAAUACACAGAGAAGGUCACAAAUUACUCUGUAAGCCGCAUUUAGUCUUUCGUCACAGAGGAUUACAAAUCUAUGCCUGUGAGUAUUACUGUAUAGUAUCUGUCUACAUGUGUUGCUCCCACGCUUGUGUUCAAAUAUCCGUUACCCCGUCUGUGGUGUUUUGUAUUGUUUGUUAGCAUUAAGCUAAACAGACUUUUUCAAUGCAAAUCUAUGUGGUUGGUUUCAGUACACAAUAUGUACAAUAAUUAUCUGUAAACUUCAAGUGGGAAUAGCAAUAAACAGCUUGAAGUGUC